AUGUCAAUUGAGCUUAAAUAUAACAAUUUGGGAGAAUCAGGGUUAAAGAUUGCGCCAUUGAUUGUAGGGUGUAUGUCCUAUGGAUCCAAAAAAUGGGCUGAAUGGGUAUUGGAAGACGAAGAGGAAAUUUUCAAGAUUUUAAAGAAAUGUUAUGAUCUUGGAUUGAGAACUUUUGAUACUGCGGAUGUUUACUCAAACGGUGUUUCCGAGAUUGUGUUGGGUAAAUUUCUCAAGAAAUAUGACAUUCCAAGAGAACGAGUUGUCAUUUUGUCCAAAUGUUUUAUGCCAGUGGAUCCAAGGGAGCCAGGGUUCAAUGCAUUGAGGGCUAGUAACUUGACUGAUAAGGAUUUUGCCAAUUCAAGAGGCUUAUCAAGGAAGCACAUCUUUGAUGCGGUGAAUGCUUCUGUCGAGAGAUUGGGAACUUAUCUUGACGUUUUGCAAAUUCAUAGAUUGGAUCAAACGACCCCUAAAAAGGAGAUUAUGAGAGCAUUAAAUGAUGUUGUUGAUCAAGGACUAACUAGAUACAUUGGUGCCUCAUCUAUGAAAGCUACUGAAUUUGCUGAAUUGCAAUUCAUAGCUGAGCACAAUGGCUGGCACAAGUUUAUCAGUAUGCAAAAUUACUACAAUUUGAUUUAUCGUGAAGAAGAAAGAGAAAUGAUUCCAUUUUGCAAGUCUAAUGACUUGAGUAAGGUUGGAAUCAUCCCAUGGAGUCCAAUCGCCAGAGGUGUUUUAACAAGACCCGUGGGAAAAGUUUCUGAAAACAAGAGACAAGAGUCUGACAAGACUUUUGCUCGUUUGGGACUUGAUAAUUUGACUGAUGCUGACAAAGAAAUUAUCAACCGUAUUGAAAAAGUAGCCAAGGAUCACAACGAGAGUAUGGCUGUUAUUGCAACUGCAUGGGUUAUCAGCAAAGGGUGCAAUCCAAUUGUGGGUCUCAAUUCCGAAAAGAGAGUCGAAGAUAUCAUUAGGGCAACAACUGUCGAGUUGAGUGAGGAUGAAUUCAAGUACUUGGAGGAACCAUAUAAGCCUAAAAAUGCACUCUCUUAG